AUGACGACCAGCACCAACGUUGAUUUUUUUGCCCAUUUUGCAGAAGGGAACAGGGCCACAGCAGAGAAGUCCCCCGGAGCCUACUUCCUUCCUGAGUUUGCACUCUCCCCUCAGGGAAGUUUUCUCGAAGACACAACGGGGGAGCAGUUCCUCACAUACCGCUAUGACGACCAGACCUCAAGAAACACUCGUUCAGAUGAAGACAAAGACAGCAACUGGGAUGCUUGGGGCAGCUGGAGUGACUGCUCUCGGACGUGUGGAGGAGGGGCUUCAUACUCUCUGCGAAGGUGCUUGACUGGGAGGAAUUGUGAAGGACAGAAUAUUCGAUACAAGACAUGCAGCAAUCAUGACUGCCCUCCCGAUGCGGAGGACUUCAGAGCCCAGCAGUGCUCCGCCUACAAUGACGUCCAGUAUCAGGGGCGUUACUAUGAAUGGCUUCCCCGGUAUAAUGAUCCUGCUGCCCCCUGUGCGCUCAAGUGUCAUGCCCGGGGACACAACUUGGUAGUGGAGCUGGCACCCAAGGUCCUGGAUGGAACUCGCUGCAGCACGGACUCCCUGGACAUGUGCAUCAGCGGCAUUUGUCAGGCCGUGGGCUGUGACCGACGCCUGGGGAGCAGCGCCCGGGAGGACAGCUGCGGCGUCUGCGCUGGCAACGGCUCCACCUGCAGGCUUGUGCGGGGACAAUCGAAGUCGCACGUUUCUCCUGAAAAAAGUAGAGUGGACAUGUUUGCCAUUCCCUUGGGUGAGGGGUCCCUGAAGGGGCCCCUUCAUGUCUUUAUUGAAUCAAAAACACUUCAAGGAAGCAAAAAAGAACACAGCUUUAACAGCCCGGGAGUGUUUGUCCUAGAAAACACCACCGUUGAAUUUCAGAGGGGCUCAGAGAGGCAGACCUUUAAGAUUCCAGGACCGCUGAUGGCUGAUUUCAUUUUCAAGACCAGGUACACCGUGGCCAAGGACAGUGUGGUCCAGUUCUUCUUCUACCAGCCGAUCAGUCAUCAGUGGCGACAAACCGACUUCUUUCCCUGCACUGUAACAUGCGGAGGAGGUUAUCAGCUCAACUCAGCUGAAUGUGUGGAUAUCCGCCUGAAGAGGGUGGUGCCUGACCAUUACUGCCACUACUACCCCGAAAACGUGAAACCCAAACCCAAACUGAAGGAAUGUAGCAUGGACCCUUGCCCAUCGAGCGAUGGAUUUAAAGAGAUCAUGCCCUACGACCACUUCCAACCUCUCCCUCGCUGGGAACAUAAUCCUUGGACUGCGUGCUCGGUGUCCUGCGGAGGUGGGAUUCAGAGACGGAGCUUCGUGUGUGUGGAGGAGUCCAUGCAUGGAGAGGUACUGCAGGUGGAAGAGUGGAAGUGCAUGUACGCGCCCAAGCCCAAGGUCAUGCAGACCUGCAACCUGUUCGACUGCCCCAAGUGGAUCGCCAUGGAGUGGUCUCAGUGCACAGUGACUUGUGGCCGAGGGUUACGUUACCGCGUGGUUCUGUGUAUUAACCACCGUGGACAGCACGUUGGUGGCUGCAACCCACAGCUGAAGUUACACAUCAAAGAAGAAUGUAUCAUUCCCAUCCCGUGUUAUAAACCAGAAGAAAAAAGUCCAGUGGAAGCUAAGUUGCCUUGGCUGAAACAAGCGCAAGAACUAGAAGAGACCAGAAUAGCAACAGAAGAGCCAACGUUCAUUCCAGAGCCCUGGUCAGCCUGCAGCACCACAUGCGGGCCGGGAGUCCAGGUCCGAGAGGUGAAGUGUCGCGUGCUCCUCACGUUCACGCAGACGGAGACUGAGCUGCCUCAGGAAGAGUGUGAAGGCCCCCAGCUGCCCACCGAGCGGCCUUGCCUCCUCAAGCCAUGUGAUGAGGGCCCUGCCUCCAGCGAGCUGGACACCUCUCUCCAGGAGGACAACAGGAUGACUUACCACUGGGAGUAUGCGGGGUUCACCCCGUGCACGGCGACGUGCUUGGGAGGCCAUCAAGAAGCCAUAGCAGUGUGCUUGCACACCCAGACCCAGCAGACGGUCAGCGACACCUUGUGCGAUACGGUCCACCGUCCUCCGGCAAUGAGCCGGGCUUGCAACACGGAGCCCUGCCCACCCAGGUGGCACACGGGCUCUUGGGGCCCCUGCUCAGCUACCUGCGGAGUGGGAAUCCAGACCCGAGAGGUGUACUGCCUGCAUCCCGGGGAGUCCCCCGCCCCCGCCGAGGAAUGUGGAGACGAAAAGCCGCAUGCCUUACAAGCGUGCAAUCAGUUUGAUUGCCCUCCUAGCUGGCACAUUGAAGAAUGGCAGCAGUGUUCCAGGACCUGUGGUGGGGGAACUCACAAUCGAAGAGUCACCUGUCGGCAGCUGUUAACGGAUGGCAGCUUUUUGAAUCUGUCCGAUGAAUUGUGCCAAGGACCCAAGGCAUCUUCCCAUAAGUCCUGUGCCAGAACAGACUGCCCUCCGCAUAUCACCGUGGGAGACUGGUCGAAGUGUUCCGUCAGUUGUGGUGUUGGAACCCAGCGGAGAAAGCAGGUGUGUCAGAGGCUGACAGCCAAAGGCCGGCGCGUCCCCCUCAGUGAGACAAUGUGCCGGGACCUUCCAGGGCCCCCUCUCGUAAGGUCUUGCCAGAUGUCUGCGUGCAGUGAAAUGAAGCCAGAGAUGAAGACAAAACCCGGGGAGCAGGGGCCCCAGAUCCUUGCUGUUCAGAGAGUCUACAUUCAGACAAGGGAAGAGAAACGCGUUAACCUGACCGUCGGUAGCAGGGCCUAUUUGCUGCCCAACACGUCGGUGAUUAUUAAAUGCCCAGUACGACGAUUCCAGAAAUCCCUGAUCCAGUGGGAGAAGGACGGCCAUUGUCUGCAGAACUCCAAACGGCUGGGCAUCACCAAGUCGGGCUCCCUAAAAAUCCACAGUCUCGCAGCCCCGGAUAUCGGCACGUACCGCUGCGUGGCCGGCUCCGCGCAGGAAAACGUGGUUCUCAAGCUCAUCGGCACAGACAACCGGCUCAUUGCGCCCCCGGCGCUCAGAGAGCACCUGUGGGAGUCUCCGGGGGUGGACCACAAGGAAGCCAAUAGCUUGGGAGCCACGUGGCAGAAAAUGAGGCAGCUGUGGGGUAACAAAAAUGAGCUCUAUCCGGAGGAUGGCCAAAUUGAUAAGCAGCCUUUCUUGAGGGCUCUGUUGGGCCCGUGCAGGAAUUCUGCAGGAAACGCCAACUCCUGGGAGUUCAAGAACAAGCAGUUUGAAGCAGCAGUUAAACACGGAGCGUAUAGCAUGGAUACGGCCCAGUUUGAUGAACUGAUCAGAAACAUGAGUCAGCUCAUGGAAACCGGAGAGGUCAGUGAUGACCUGGCGUCCCAGGUGAUCUAUCAGCUGGUGGCCGAGUUAGCCAAGGUGCAGCCCGCACACGCGCCGUGGAGGGCCGUCCCAGAGGGGGUGCCUCCCGCCGCACAGCUGAGGGGGGAAACAGGAAGGAUGCCGCAAAGCCCCGACAUGGAGAACUCAGGCAAGCUGACCUUUAAGCCAAAGGGACCUGUGCUCAUGAGGCAAAGCCAGCCCACCUCCAUUUCGUUUAAUAAAACAAUAAAUUCAAGGAUCGGAAAUACAGUGUACAUUACAAAGAGGACGGAGGUCAUCAAUAUACUGUGUGAGCUCGUUACCCCCAGUCAGGCCACGUAUGCGUGGACCAAGGAUGGGGCUUCGUUGCAACCCUCAGAAAAGAUAAUCUUGGCUGGAAUGGGAAAAGUGCAGAUACGGAACCCCACGAAGAAGGAACAAGGAACGUAUGAAUGCUCUGUAGCUAACCAUCUCGGGUCAGACGUGGAGAGUUCUCCUGUGCUCUAUGCAGAGGCACCUGCCAUCUUGUCUGUUGAAAGAAAUGUCAGCAGACUGGAACACAGCCAUCUCUCCGUUGUGGUUGGAGGCGUCGUGGAGGCAGCUUUGCACGCAGACGUGACAAUCCGAUGUCCUGUAAAAGGCAAGUCUGGGUGUUUCGGUGGGGGCGGGGGUGUAGGGGCCAUGGGCAGCCCGCUGUUACCAGGAGAUGGCAGCUGGCAGUGUGGCCUCUCAGACCUCAGCCUGACUGGCUUAACACUCUGAUUUUCCAGCCCACUGAUAGUGGAUCUGUCCCUCAAGGGUGAGACCAACGCGUGGGACUGGGGUGUAAAACAAAAUGCCCAUGUCUUCAUUUCCCAUGAGGACUGUGACUGCCUUGCACACUCGCAUGCUCAGGUGUGACCAGGACACUAUGUCACCGUAGGCAGACCUACACGACAGGCCAGGUUCUAGUCCUGUGGUUGCCUGGUGAGCAGAGUGUCAGUGACGGGUUUGUGGAAAUGGUUAGAGGCAUCCUCCAGCUGGUCAGAGCCUGUACUGAGCAAAGCCAGGUUCGGGGCUAGGAAUCUCGAGGUCUCCGGACCCACACUGUCUCUAUCCCGGACUGUCCUAAGACAGGCAUAACCAGUCUGUGCCUCAGUGGCUCAUUCUGCCUUGUCUGCCAUGGCAGAGAAGCCGUCUUUCUAAC